CCAGACCAGGACCAAGAUUGGCGAAGUAUCUAGCGCUCCCUCCACCCAAAAAUAAAAGCAAUAACUUCCUUAAAAAUCUAUUUUUCUCCCUCUUCCUUCCCCCAACUCCCCCUCCUUUUCAUCCGAAGAAGCCAACAAGAACUCGUAAUCCCUAGCUUCUUCCCCAAGGAACGAUCGAUCCAGAGAAUCGGAGAUUGAUUGAUGUCUCUGAGAUCAGUUCAGAUGCUUCAUAAUCUUGUGUUGGAGAUAUAACUCCGGGAGGGCGGUUGAUCGAUGACCUGGAGAAUAUUUCUUUUUUGGUGGAUUUAAAGAGAGUUGAGCUGGCCGAGGAUUCUUGAUUCGAGGUAUUGAGGAACGGUUUGCGCGAUUGUACGAACGCUGCAAGGAGGGAGGGAGUCAAGUCUUCUCUAAGGAAUUGGGAUGUCUGUUUCUUAUGAAAAGUGGAUCGAUGGGCUCCAGUUCUCGUCUCUGUUCUGGCCUCCUCCACAAGAUGAACAGCAGAGGCAGGUGCAAAUAAUGGCCUAUGUUGAAUAUUUUGGUCAGUUCACCUCGGAGCGAUUCCCAGAAGAUGUAGCUCAGCUAAUCCAGAAUUACUAUCCAUAUAAAGAAAAGCGCCUUUUGGAUGAAGUAUUGGCAAUAUUUGUUCUUCAUCAUCCAGAGCAUGGCCAUGCUAUUGUCCAUCCUAUUCUUUCACGUAUAAUUGAUGGGACAUUGGUUUAUGAUAAGAAUGAUCCUCCAUUUUGUUCCUUCAUAUAUCUAGUCAGCCAAAAUAAUGAGAAAGAGUAUAACGAACAAUGGGCUUUAGCAUGUGCGGAAAUUCUGCGGGUGCUCACUCACUAUAAUCGACCAAUUUACAAGUCUGAGCAUCAUAGUAGUGAAGCGGACAGAAGCAGCAGUGGCAAUCAUGCCACUACAAGUGACUCCAAUGAGGGAGAAGCUGCCAAUUCACUUCUGCAGGAGCAUGAUCGGAAACCAUUGCGGCCAUUGUCUCCUUGGAUUACAGAUAUCUUGCUUGCUGCACCUUUGGGCAUCCGAAGUGAUUAUUUUCGAUGGUGCGGCGGUGUGAUGGGCAAAUAUGCAGCUGGUGGAGAACUAAAGCCUCCAACAACUGCUUGUAGUCGUGGAUCUGGGAAACAUCCUCAACUUAUGCCAUCCACUCCUCGAUGGGCUGUUGCUAAUGGAGCUGGAGUCAUAUUGAGUGUUUGUGAUGAGGAAGUAGCUCGCUAUGAAACUGCUAAUUUAACAGCAGCUGCUGUUCCUGCACUUUUGCUCCCUCCUCCCACGACUCCAUUAGAUGAGCAUCUAGUUGCAGGGCUGCCUGCUCUUGAGCCGUAUGCUCGUUUAUUUCAUAGGUACUAUGCAAUUGCCACUCCAAGUGCUACACAGAGGCUGCUUCUUGGACUCCUUGAGGCACCACCCUCAUGGGCUCCAGAUGCACUCGAUGCUGCUGUACAACUUGUUGAACUCCUCAGAGCAGCUGAGGACUAUGCAACUGGCAUGAGGCUUCCAAGAUAUUGGAUGCAUUUGCAUUUCCUGCGUGCAAUUGGCACUGCAAUGUCCACGAGAGCCGGUAUUGCUGCAGAUGCUGCAGCUGCUUUACUUUUCCGCAUACUCUCACAGCCUGCGUUGCUUUUUCCUCCACUGAAGCAUGCUGAAGGGGCUGCAGUCCAGCAUGAACCCCUAGGUGGCUACCUAUCAUCCUAUAAAAAACAGCUAGAAGUUCCUGCUUCUGAAGCCACUGUUGAGGCAACUGCACAAGGAAUUGCUUCUAUGUUAUGUGCCCAUGGUCCUGAUGUCGAAUGGAGAAUAUGUACCAUAUGGGAAGCUGCAUAUGGCCUGCUUCCUCUGAGUUCCUCAGCUGUUGAUCUGCCUGAGAUGGUGGUUGCAACCCCAUUGCAACCUCCUACCUUGUCUUGGAAUUUGUACUUGCCCCUUCAAAAAGUCUUGGAGUAUCUGCCACGUGGAAGCCCAUCUGAAGCAUGCCUCAUGAGGAUCUUUGUGGCUACUGUAGAAGCUGUACUGCGAAGAACCUUUCCACCAGAAACCUCCGGUGAUCAACAAAGAAAGACAAGAGCUCAUGGCAGUAUGUGGUUUACAACUAAGAAUCUGGCUAUUGCUGAGCUUCAUACGAUGAUUCAUUCACUAUUUCUGGAAUCUUGUGCAUCUGUGGAUCUUGCCUCCCGCCUACUUUUUGUGGUACUUACGGUUUGUGUCAGUCAUGAAGCUUUGCCCAAUGGAAGUAAAAGACCAACAGGUUGUGGUAGACUUUUCCCUGACGAGAACUUUGAGGAGCCACAGACAGUUAAUGGGAAAACAUCUACAAGAAACAGAAACAAGAAAAAACAAGGUCCUGUUGCAACAUUUGAUUCUUAUGUUCUGGCUGCUGUAUGUGCUUUGGCUUGUGAACUUCAGCUGUUCCCUUUGGUUUCAAAAAAUGGUGCAUAUUCAGAUUCUAAAAAUUCUCCAAAGAUGGCAAAAACAGUAAAAAAUGGUGUGAAUAACGAGUUACAGAAUAGUAUUUUUUCUGCAGUUGAUCACACUCGUAGAAUCCUCAGUAUUUUGGAAGCCCUUUUCUCGUUGAAGCCAUCAUCUGUUGGUACAUCAUGGAGUUGUAGUUCCAAUGAGAUAGUGGCUGCAGCUAUGGUUGCUGCUCAUGUUUCUGAGUUAUUUGGACGAUCCAAAGCCUGCAUGAAUGCUCUCUCUGUUCUGAUGCGAUGCAAGUGGGACACUGAGAUUUCUGCAAGGGCAUCUUCACUUUAUCAUCUUAUUGACAUACAUGGAAAAAUUGUUGCCUCCAUAGUUGACAAGGCAGAACCCAUUGAGGCACACUUGGUGCGUGCACCAGUACGGAAAGAUGAUCCAGUGCAGUUCAGUGGUAGAGGACAAUCCAGUUCUGCAAGUAGUAGCAUCUCUGAGUUAGAGGACCCUACAUCAUCAGAGUCUAAGAGUAGUUCUUCAGGAACAUUCCUAACAUGUCAAAAAGACAUUAGAUUAAAUGAUGUUAUUGUAAACACGGCAGGGAAAAAUAUAGCAAGUCUGCCAGUGGAUGCAUCAGACUUGGCAAACUUUCUUACAAUGGAUCGAAAUGGAGGACAUAACCAUGGCGCACAAACUCUGCUAAGAUCUGUUUUUGCAGAGAAACAGGAAUUAUGUUUCUCUGUUGUUUCAUUAUUAUGGCAAAAGUUAAUUGCAGCACCAGAAACACAAAUGACUGCAGAAAGUACAUCCGCCCAUCAAGGUUGGAGACAGGUAGUAGAUGCCCUUUGCAAUGUUGUUUCAGCAUCACCAACAAAAGCAUCAACCGCUAUUGUUCUCCAGGCGGAAAAGGAUUUGCAGCCCUGGAUUGCAAGGGAUGAUGAACAAGGUCAGAGAAUGUGGAGAAUCAACCAGAGAAUUGUAAAGUUGAUUGUUGAACUUCUGAGAAAUCAUGAUAGCCCAGAAGCACUAGUAAUUAUGACAAGGGCUCCAGAUCUUCUUCUUCGGGCUACAGAUGGAAUGCUUGUUGAUGGUGAAGCAUGCACUUUGCCCCAGUUAGAGCUUUUGGAAGUAACAGCUAGAGCAGUUCAACUAGUUGAGGACUGGGGAGAAUCAGGCUUGGCAGUCACAGAUGGCCUCUCAAAUCUGCUGAAGUUUCGUCUGUCAGCCACAAUCCGUUGCCUUUCUCAUUCGAGUGCGCAUGUGCGUGCUCUCAGCACAUCAGUUCUUCGAGCUAUAAUGCAUGGCAACCCAACCAAGUCCACUACCUUUAUGCAUGGGGAUAGGCAGGGCCUCUAUGAUCCCUCUUACCGAAGCUUGAGCGCCGGCGUCAUCAACUGGUAUUCAGACAUUGAGAAGUGCAUAAAAUGGGAAGCUCACAGCAGGCGUGCAACUGGGUUGACGCUUGCUUUCCUUGAUGCUGCUGCCAAGGAAUUAGGCUGCCCUCUUACCUGUUGAGAUCUCUAUGUGGAUCUGUAGCACUCACUAUCACAGUGGUGUGCUGCAGGUCUGAAAACAAUAGAUUGCUGAGGUAUUUGGUAGCUGAGUUCGCAUGCUACCAUCAUCUCUCAUAUUUGGAUGAUGAAACUUAACAAAUUGUUAACCAUCAUUGGCUUUUUUUAACUUGUUGGUUUGGAGAAUGUUGGUACGCACAAAUGGUCAUAGUUUUCUCAUUUGUAGAUGCUGAGCAACACGUUUUCAUCAUUGUAGUAUGCAUGAAAAGUUGCUGAACACUGAAGAAUGAACCGGUUUUUAUUUUAUAAUAGAACUGUACUUUUUAGUCA